AUGAGUAGGCGCUGUUCGCCGCGCGGUGCUCUGUUGGUUUUGGCGCAAGUGCAUAGAGGUCCUCCUUAUCCGUCAAAACACAAAACAGAGGUCAAGAUGGUUGCCACCAAGGAACGCAAGACCCGAACUCCCCGAUCCGCCCUUCACGACGUUGUCACCAGGGAGUACACCAUCCACCUCCACAAGCGUGUCCACGACCUCUCCUUCAAGAAGAAGGCUCCCAAGGCCAUCAAGGAGAUCGUCAAGUUCGCCCAGAAGUCUAUGGGUGUCAACGACGUCCGUGUCUCUCCCGGACUCAACCAGGCCGUCUGGGCCCGAGGUGUCCGAUCUCCCCCCCGCAGGAUCAGGGUCAGGCUCGAGAGGAAGAGGAACGACGACGAGGGUGCCAAGGAGAAGCUUUACGUGCUUGCUUCCGUUGUCGAGGGUGUUACCAGCUUCAAGGGUCUCCAAACCGUUGUCGUCGAGAACGACGAGUAAACUUUCCGACCUUUAGGGAGGGAGGGGUUUCCUUUGUUGUAGGCGUCAUGACAUCGACUUCACCAUCAUAUCGC